UAACUGCAAAAGUCUAAAUGACAUAAAUACAGCUUGUCUUCUGAUUUGUUUUAAAGAAAUAUUAAUUUGGUAUUUAAUGGGUUAAAGGGGGGGUUGUUUGCUUAAUACUUGAAACAGCGAGAGGACAACUGUCAACUGGAAUGACAAGAAGUGAGGAGCCCUAGAUAAGAGGCCUCUUCAGCUUUGACUGUCUGUCUGACCCCUGACUGUAUUCAACAGCUGAUAACAAUCUGUUAAGUUAAAACCACAGCAAGCCACAUAGAAGCACCUAGCUCAGCAACACAAGCCUUUUGCUUGCUCAUUUUCUCAAGUUAGAAGGGUCAGGAGCUGUUGUUUUUUUCUAUUUUUAGAUUGUGAAGUAAGGUUAAGUUAAGGUUAACCAGAUAUGGAGGUGAGUCUCUAAUUACAAAAACUUUCAGUGCUUUUAAUAAUAAUUAUGCAACUUUUUCAUCUGCGCUAUGAAACCUGUGUGGAAACUCGUUCCAGUUGCAAACUGGGGCUGCAGCUGGUUCCAUCUGCAGUCUGCUAUCUACAGUCACAAUAGUCUAAGAUCACCGGCUGUACAGUAUAUCACGUGCUUUUUCUUCAAUCACAAAACCGCUUCUCGAGUCCUUCGCACUGGACGCUCAUUGGAUAACUUCCAAUAUCAGUGUCAGUUGGGAAGCUUUAUUCCUAAAGGGGGCUGACGGAGCCCCAGUUGAAAGCGCUGUACUGCUGAAGGAGACGAACGCGUGUCUAAAUUCAAAUCGCUUUCAAUUCAAUCCAGGUGCAGAUGGAAACGUGCGGUUUAACACAGGCUCCUGGUAUGAGUGCUGGAUUGCCCCUCCUGAUUUGUGGGACAGUGUUACCCGUUUUACUCGACUCGGGCGGCUUGCUGAAGUCACGGUACCCUUGAACAUCGUUGACUGGCUGCUCACUAAUCGUGGCUGCUUGUUGCCUGUGUUGUGGCUCUGGUUUGUGUUGGAUUGCAAUGUGACGUUGACCCAGGCAGCUGUUGUCAUGAAUGCUUAUUCCUCUUCACAGCUACCAGCCCCGUCUCCCCCCCACAGUGUAAGGUUAUUUGAUAUUUUAUUUUUAACCGUGCUCAUGCGGUCAAUACAUAACAUCGGUCCUAGGCUAAUAAUGACAGAGCAAGGCAUGUGGCAUACUAAAAGUGGCAAAGUAAAGAGUAUCAAAAUAACUGACAGACAAUACUCGUCAUUGUUCGACGUUUUAUACAUUUUCAGUUUUAUUUGCUGUUACAUACAAACAAAUCUUGCAUUAGGGAAUAGUCUUACGUAGCAGUUUGUAUUAUAGUUUUUUCGACAGCCAAAUGCUUUUCUGAUGUCUCUUUUUAAGUCCAAUUUUUCGGAAAACAUGUUUUAGAAAAUGUUAACAUCUUUACUGUAGACUAUCGCGCUGUGUGAAGGGGUGGUUCGAUAACGUGUCUCCACCUUUAAAAGUGCUUUCACUUUCAGGCCCAUCAAACCCAGCCGGGUUAGUUUAGGAUCUCUUAUUACAGUGCGGUCCCUGGCUGACACACUGGACGAUGGCAGAAGGCACCUGGAAAUCUCUAUGCCUCUCAGUGUUGGACUACAAAACUGAAAAAUAUGUCAUUGCCCAAAACAAGAAAGUGGGAGUUUUAUUCAGAUGCAUUCAGCUGGCCGUUUUGGGGUACAUUAUCGGGUGGGUUUUCAUUACAAAGAAGGGCUACCAGGAUACCGAAGACUCAAUCCAAAGCUCGGUGAUGACCAAACUGAAAGGAGUGACUUUAACCAACAGUUCAACUAAUGGACCCCGAUUGUGGGAUGCAGUAGACUAUGUUUUUCCUCCUCAGGGUGACAAUGUCUUCUUUGUCAUAACAAACCUGAUUCAGACUCCAGAUCAGAAACUUGGCCAUUGUCCUGAGAGUUCCAAGGUGCCUGAUGCCAGGUGUGAAACAGACGAUGACUGCAACCCUCAAGAGGCUGUAGUAGCUGGCAAUGGGAUCAAAACGGGCCUCUGCAUAAAGGAAACAAGCACCUGUGAGAUAUAUGCAUGGUGUCCUAUUGAAAAACCCAGUCCGCCAAUACAUCCCACUUUAGGUAAAGCAGAAAACUUUACUGUGUACAUAAAGAACUCUGUGAGGUUCCCAAAAUUCUCUUUUUCCAGGUCUAAUGUCAAGGACACUGGUGUUUAUUUGAAGAAUUGUACCUAUGAUAAAAUCAAUCACCCGUACUGCCCUGUGUUCCGGUUAGGAGACAUCGUCAGCCAGGCAGGUCAUGACUUUCAGGAAAUGGCGGUUAAGGGUGGGGUGAUAGGCAUCCUUAUCGAGUGGAACUGUGACCUCGACAAACCCUAUUCCAAAUGCAUUCCCAAGUACUCCUUUGCACGGCUAGAUGACAACUCUAACACCACAUCAGGGUAUAACUUCAGAUUCGCCAAGUAUUAUAAAAACAUAUCUGGAGAAGAGUACCGAACACUAACAAAAGUAUUUGGAAUUCGAUUUGAUGUCCUGGUGAAUGGGAAGGCAGGAAAGUUUAACAUCAUCCCAACAAUAGUUAAUAUUGGUUCAGGCUUGGCAUUAUUGGGUGCUGGCGUAUUCUUCUGCGAUCUGGUGUUGCUGUACAUGAUGAAAAAGAGCACAGUUUACAGAGCGAGGAAAUUCGAAUCAGUCAAGAAGAUUAAGACAAGUGGAACUGGAAAAGGGGAUGGAAAACAGAUCACAGAAACCCAAAAAUUAACAUCAGAAGCUUAGAAGAACUCAACAAGCGUGCAAUGCAGACUGCUAAACCGUAUAUAAAAGAAAGCUGACCAGACCCUGGUGAUGAUCAGCAAAGCGGCAGUCUGUAAAUGGAGGGAGCUCUGCAUAUCAGGCUGCAAGAUCUUUGAUUUGUAACCAGAUGAAAGGUGCUAUGAGAAGAUAACGAUUUGGGUUUGCUGUUAUCUGUUCCAAGCUACUGCGAAACUGGACAGAACAGCCACCUUCAAAACUAGUAAAAUAAAAUACUACUGAAAACAUACUAUGAACGCGUAACCAAAUGGGACUCCCGGGGUGCUGUACUAAUUAUUUUAACUCAACAUACUAUGAAGAAAAAUGUAAACCGCACUCUAUGUUUUUGCAAGUAAAUGCAUGCACUAAUUGAUCUGAAUUAAUUUGAUGCAAAUAUCUUGCCAAUCUUGCCACUAGUCAGAAAUUAGUAGCUGCUAAAAAAAAAAAAAGUCAUUCUACCUUUUUUAUUAAUUUUUCCAAACACGUUCAGGCUAUACUACAGUAUAUGGUAGCUUUGUGCCAUUUAAAGUAUACAGAUUUAAGAUGCUUGUGCUGUUUGGUACUGUAUAUCAUAUGCACAUCAUGUAGCAAAUAAGAAAAACUAAUGACCUUAUUUAGACUUCUUAAAAGCAGGGUGUUUCAAAACAACUAAAUUAGGUUGAUGAAAAGGCAAGGUUUUGAAAUGAUCAUACAUUUCUUAAAGUCCCCUUGUAAUCUGGAUAAAUGUAAUCCAGCAGUGACAUUUACUGAAAAACCAGAUCAAAACGAUCCAGAUAAAAGUAAUCUCUAUCACAAAAUAUAGGAUUACAAAAUCUGGAUAACCGUUAUCCAGAUUACAAGUUUUGACAAACCGGCCCCCGGAGACGGCAGAUUCAACACAGAAUGUGAAUAGUUGUCUUUGCUGCUGUAUUCAGCAGGUACUGAAAGAGAUGCUUGUAUUAUACAGUUGUUGCGGGCUAGCUUUUUUAUGUUGAUUGAUAGGGGGCUUUCAAAGCAAUGGUUUUGUAUUAAUAAUCAACUAUAGGUUGUAUGAUAACCUUUGUCUUGCUAUUCUAGCAGAAUGCAACAAAUACCAAAAUGCAAUCAGGCUGAUUGCUUUAUAAAAA